AUGCGGUCCUUCGUGCUAUUCGGGCUGGUUCGUUGGAUUGACGGCAGUGCUCGGUUUUUGCUUCUUCCGGACCAUAUCCAAGACCAACGACAGCGAAAAGACCCCGUCGACCAAGAUAUCGUCAAGGAAAUGGCCAGGGUAACCAACUCUGACGACGGACUGCAAGUGCUUCAUCUCACCAAGUCCUUCAAAAAAUUCACGGCCAUCUCUUUGCGCUCCUGGGCCCCAAUGAUGCCGGAAAGACCAUUAUUCCCUCCUCCGAGGCGGCGUCCAACCCCCCUCCACCGCAACGGCGGAGACAUCUUCGUCGACAGCAUUUCCGUGUUGCAGCGCCUCGCAGCGGUGCGCUCCUGUCUAGGCGUCUGUCCUCAAUUUGACGCCGUGGAUCAAAUGACCGUUCUCAAGCACCUGACGUUCUACUACGCGCGCAUUCGAGACAUUCACGACCACCGAAUGGCCGCCAAACUCCCCGGCAGCAACAAGCGCAAGCUAUCCCUUGGCAUCGCCAUGAUGGGCUCACGACCCAUUCCAUGGAAGAGGCAGUCGCUUUGGCGCACCGCGCUCGCUCUGGGGACCACAGGCUUUCUCCGGUCCAAGUACGGAGACAUAUACCAUGUCCAUCUGGUGCAUGCAUAUGCGGCCCCCACAACAGAGGCCGAGAUGCAAUGCAUCCGCGACUGGAUGAGGACAAAAUCCCCAUACACGUUCAUUGAACAGAAGACAUAUCACGCUCAACUGCGAUUUAGCACUCCGGCUUCUGAGGACAGGGAUGAUGAGUCCUCGACGGUUGAGAGAGAUUACCCGACCCGUGGCUACAUCCAAAUAUGCCGAUACUUCCUACAACGCCCUCGACCUUCUCAUUCCGCCUCCGACGCAACAAACGCUCCUCAUGUCACAGUCAUUCGCCCCAUCAAAGGCCUAGAGCCACAUCUGUAUGAUUGCCUAGCCUCGACGUUCCGUCAGAAUUACCCGCGCGACCGAUUAACCGUUUGCCUCUGCGUGUCCUCCCGAAAAGAUACUGCGUACCCAACCCUUCAGAAACUGGUGUCGGACUUCCCUCAUGCCAAUGCGCGUCUCUACGUGGAAGAGGAGGAUCCGUUGCUCCAGCCCGGCAACGAAUCCGCCUACAGCCUUGGCCCCAAUCCGAAAAUCCGGAAUAUGAGUCGGGCGUACCGCGAAGCAAAGGGCGAUAUCGUCUGGAUUAUCGACUGCAAUGUGUGGGUCGGCAAGGGGGUUUGCGGACGCAUGGUUGACCGACUGUGCGGGUUCGGAGUUCACUACGGCAAGAAAUACAAAUUCGUCCAUCACCUCCCCGUCGUGGUCGACGUGACGAGUGAACUGGGUUAUAAUGCAGAGGCCGCUGACGUCGAGGGGGUUCUUGCGAUGGGCGGGGGCCGGUUGGAGGAGCUGUUUCUCUCGUCCUCGCACGCCAAGAUGUACACGGCGAUCAACACGGUGCUGAUUGCGCCGUGCAUUGUGGGUAAAUCCAACAUGUUCCGACGGUCUCAUUUGGACUACUUGACGGCUCCGUCGUCAGGGGAUCCCCACAGGCGAAACCCCGGCAUCGAUUACUUCUCGGACAACAUCUGUGAGGACCACCUGUUUGGCGACUUAUUGUGGAAGAAUGCAGUACCGGAAGAGAGGGAGCAGGGGGAGCGACUAGGCAAGCAUGGCAUGGUCUUCGGGGAUCUUGCAUUUCAGCCUGUGGCCCAUAUGAGCGUGGAGUCGUACAUAGCGCGUCGGGUGCGUUGGCUGCGUGUGCGCAAGUUCACGGUACUCCUCGCGACCUGGGUGGAGCCGGGUACGGAGUCGAUGUUGUGUUCACUGUACGGUUCCUGGGGGGUGACGACAUCUCUGGCGCAGUGGCUGAUGGCGAAGGGAUACGCCAAUGCGGUACAUUUGACGACCUGGACGGCAUUCGUCUCGUGCUUCUGUCUCAGCAUCGUGGCAUGGAUCCUUCUCGACUGGACGCUGUACAUCAAGCUUCAUUCGGCCAAGACUGUGGAACUGGACGCGGACACGCCAUCCUUUGCGCGAACCCCUCGAGGGGGCAUAACCCGACGGACAUUCGGGCAGUGGUUCACAGCAUGGCUGGGGCGAGAGAUGUUGGCCCUUCCGAUCUGGCUGACUGCGUUUUAUGGCGGUGUCACGGUAACAUGGCGAGAUCGACGAUUCCGCGUAGGAUUGGACAUGAAAGUGCGAGAGAUUGAUCAGACAGAGGCAGACGGCAGCAAAGUACGACAGGAUUAG